AUGGCACAGCCUGAGCCCGAGGCUCCGGCCCCCUCUCAAUGCGGCCACAAGAUCCGGCCAACAGGCGACACCAGCUGGGAUUCCUACGCGACCACGAUGAAGACUGCAUUUACACCUAAGACAGGAGUGGCGCCUGCUUUAAUCCGUCAAAAAAGUAUCAGAAGAUUAGGAUAUACAUAUUCACUUAGUGAUCCUAUUCCCAAUCAGACACAGUACAAUGAUGAGUAUGUUUGGAAAUCAUGUUCCGAAGAAGAUUUGAUCAAAACUGGGACUUCAAGAGGAGUCGGGAGCCACCAAUCUCACCCCAUGCAAGACUCCUUUCUCUGGACACUACCUCAAGGUCGAUCAAAAGCAUCCGGAAAGAGCUACUUCCCUUGGAAAAUCGCUACUUCAAUGGAAGAGGUUGGGAAGGCAAUAUCAGAUCAGUUUGUUUCCCAUACUAGAAGAGACUUUGUGGACAGAACGGAAGCUCCAAAGAUUGAGCAAAGUUCUCAGAUGUCUCUGAAAUGGAAGAAGUUACUUUCCCAACCUGCAGACACUGAAUUUCGACGGAAUUACCAAGUUCCAGCUAAAAUUCCUGAGUUUCAGGAUUUUAGUUUCAAAUAUGGAUGCUACUCAAGCCUACCAAUUGCUUCUCAGGGUCUAGUCCCUUCGGUGCUGUACAGCCACAUGAGGAAUCAAGAGCGCACAAAGAAGCAGACGACGUACCAAAGUGACUAUGGGAAAGACUACCUGGAUUUCUUAACGAUUUUAAACUCGUUUACUCCGGCUCAAAUCACAGAGUACCUUCAGAGUGUUUCCUACAAAGACAGACAAAUUCUUGAUCGCUUUAUUCGCUCUCACUGUGACAUUGACAAAGGGAUGAAUGAAAAAGGAAAAUAGUUCAAAUGAAGGAAAUCUGAAAAUCAAUGGAAGCACUAGGGCCUACUGGGUAAUUUUCUUGGUAAUUAAGGAAAAAUAAGAUCCAACUUUUCCAAAUAUGAUACUCAU